AUGGCUGCGGAAAUCAAACCCUCGAGUUCAGGCAGACAAGGGAACAUAAGAAAACCCGUUCUGCUGAACAAACUUGAGGGUAUCAACGACGAAGUGAACGCCGCUGUAAUUAUCCCCCGAGAGGAUGGUGUCAUCACCGUCUCUGAUGAUAAAACUGUGCGUGUUUGGUUGAGGAGGGACACAGGCCAAUACUGGCCCAGUAUCUGUCACUCAUUACCAUCUGCAGCCACAUCACUGGCGUACAAUGAACAGACCCGCAGGACAUUUGUUGGUUUGGACAAUGGAACUAUAUCUGAAUACUUGUUGGCCGAUGACUACAACAGAAUCACACACACCAGAGAUUACCUAGCUCACCAGGGUCGUGUGGCCAGCGUGAGAUUCUCGCUGAACUUUGAGUGGGUGCUCAGUUGUAGCAGAGAUAAGUACUUCCAGUGGCACUGUUCAGAGACAGGACGACGAUUGGGGGGAUACCAGACAUCAGCCUGGUGUCUCUGUUUAGAAUUUGAUGAGAAAUCCAGCUAUGCUUUUGUAGGAGAUUACUCUGGCCAAAUUUACGUGCUGAAAGUGAAAAGCUCAAAUUGUGAACUGAUAACAACGCUCAAAGGUCAUUCAGGUAGUGUGAGAAGUCUAGCAUGGGACAUGGAUAGAAGCUUGUUGUUUUCUGGUAGUUUUGACCAGUCCAUUAUUGUCUGGGACAUUGGAGGUCGGCAAGGGACAGCCUUUGAACUUCAAGGUCACCAUGACAAAGUACAAGCUCUUGCCUACUGCUCUGCCUCAAAGCAGCUGCUGUCUGCCGGUGAUGACACAGUCCUCGUUAUCUGGAAUAUGGACGCCAAAAGAUCCGAGACUCCUGAUUGGGCGGAGAGUGAUGCCUGUGAAAAAUGUUCAGCACCAUUCUUCUGGAACUUGAAAAUGAUGUGGGAUCAAAAAGUUAUUGGAAACCGACAACAUCACUGUAGAAAGUGUGGCCGGGCAGUGUGUAGUAAGUGCAGCAUGAACAAAUCCACCCUGCCACCCCUGGGGUACGAGUAUGAUGUCAGGGUCUGUGAUGACUGUCACACACAGAUUACGGACGAUGAUAAAGCUCCAUUAGCGACAUUCCAUGACACGCGACAUUGUGUGACCUAUAUGCAUCUUGAUCCCACAAAAAAGCGCCUUCUGACAGUUGGGAAGGACAGACUUGUUAAGAUUUGGGACAUGAGUAGCGUGUUACACUGAUGCCUCCGGCGAUGGGAGACUGCCGUUAUUAUGUGCAAAGACCUGUGUAGGGUCAAGUUGUGUUCCUCAACUUCUCUGUUUAUCUAUGACAUGUUUCUGUAAACACAUUUUACGCCAAAGGAGAUAAAUCUAGGUAUUCACAACAGUUUUUUUUAUUUAUUUUCCUUGUAUGUAAUUUUGAUGUGGUAUUAAAUAAAACUGCUAGUUUAGGGGUAAACAUAUUUCUGUUUAUAUACUUGUGUUCCUUCAUCAACGGUCAGAAUUGAAGACAGCUGCAGUAGUUGUUCUAAAGAUGCAGGAACUUACAACUGGAUGUGUGUCAAAAUCAAAAGGAUUUUUGUAUCCUCACAAAUUAUGGAAAGUUAUACACAAUCAUAGUUUUCAGCAUUUAGUUUGUACAAUGUAUGGUAGGAUGGUCACACCAAAAACAGAACAUAAGUAUACCAUUUUCAGCUGGCAAUUAUUAUAUUUGUUGACAUUUUGCAGUCUGUUGUACAGAAAAAUGGAGUAUUUGGCUGUGAAAACAGAAGUAUUUAUCUGCAUAAACGUGCCUGGUUUAGAGUUAAUCUGCGAGAACACACAUAAAAUAAUGCGCCAUUUUUUUUUUUAACAGAAUGUUAGGCAACACCAGUUUAACUUUGUCUUUUACUGGCAGGCCGACUCAAAGACCUUUUUAUUUUGUUUGAUCUCCAUGUUUUUUAUGGAUUUCCUGCUUUUCAAGGCUUUCUGAUCAUAUAAAUAUGUCUUCACCAGAUAAAUUUCUCACACAAUAGACCAUUUUGGGGGUUUUAUUUUUGUUUUCAUACCUUCUGACAACAUUGAUUUAUUCUGCCCGUAAAACAACAAUUAAACUUGGUCUGGCCUGAAGAACCAAUGAAAUGCAGUGUAUAUAAAUUAAUAUUUAUCCAUGUACUUUUUAAAUUUGUGGUUAUUUGGCAACCAGAAUUGCUUCCCUUGAAGGUAGGAUAAUCCUGUUGUGGCGCGCUGGUGUCAUUACUUCAGAAAUAUUUCCAUUGUGAAAAUCUAAACGUCUGAAUUAUUAUUGUAAUUCUUCAGUAGAAUUGGAUUUUAUAAAACACAAAAUUAGCUAAACUUCUGUUUUUUGCUUGUUUUGAAAAACCCAAACAAUUGUGUUAAAAUGCAAAUAAAGUUGCCCAGUCAUGCAGUGUCAAUGGGUAAUGGCCUACCUGCUGUAAGGGGCAUUACCCUGCUUUCGUAGAUGUUGUCACAGUAAACCAGGUAUUUAAUGCAAAAAUAAUUUCUUGCUGGCGAAUCAUUACGUUCAAAUGAAACUCAAGUUUUCUUCAGCUCGACAAAUACCCAAGGUUUUAUUAGGUCAAACUAGUAAAACGUACAUGUAUGUGUCCAGAAUUUAUUUGUUGUAUAUACUACCGAAACAAAGAGAAAGUGUAGCGAGAUAUGUGUAGUUAACAUGUGAUAUAGAUGAAGUAGAGAAAUUUAACACUUCUUUGGGUGGAAAAUUUCAUGAAAACUGCUACACCUGUUGCUGAUCCAGUUUGUUGUGUUCAUGUUAAAUAUUAUUGAUGAUGUAAUUUUGAGUGUUUCUUAUUUGUUCUUUUCUUUUCAAAUGCAUGUCUGUGUAGAAAGUAGCUUGAGUUUUAGCUGUUGUGAUUUAAGUAUACCUAUCUUAUACCUUCCGUCUCUCUGUUAAAAAGUUUUUUUCAACAAUAGUUUCAAAUGUAGGGGUACAUGUUUCUCUGUAUGAUGCAUUUCUGCAUGAAGCAACAAAGGGAGAUGACUGUGCUUUUAAAGAUGUCAUAAUUGAAGAAAAUGGCAAGCAAUGUCAUAGGCCUACUUGAUGCCUUCAAUUUUUAAUCAGUGUUGAGAUUUGUCAUUCAGUUUAUGUGAUUUGUCAUUCAGUUUAUGUGAUUUGACUUUCAGUUUAUGUGAUUUGACUUUCAGUUUAUGUGAUUUGAGCAUGAAAGCAAGAAGUCAAAUAACACAAAUGUCAAUCUGUCCGUGGAAAGUUAUACUCUACAUAUAUAUGCACAGGAUGUAGAGACUUUUUCGGAAGUUCCGUAAGAUUUUGUUGUAUAUCAGAGUUUCAGUUUUGCAGUUGGUAUGGUGGAUUUUGUUUCAUUGCAUGUUGUUUUCACAUUUAAACUUUGAUUAGGUUUGGUUAACUCUGUUUGAAUUCUCGCACUCAUACAAAUACAUCUACAUGAAUAUUAAUAAGUUGUUGAUAUUUUGUUUGCUGAAAUUAGCUGUAAUCUGUCCAAACAGGAAACAGGAGAAGGUCAUGUAAAUUCUGAAUCAACUGAAUACAUAGUACAAGGGAAUAUUUUCAGUCAAAGUACCAAUCUCCAGUCAAUGAAGGUAGGAAAAGUUAAAUGCAUGCAGGAUGCUAUUUUAUAAAAUUACUUUCUCUUUCAGAACUUAAAUGCUUAAAGGGUUAUAAAUACCAGAUAUAAUGAAACUAAAACAGCAAAUUUGCACUGCAAUAGCUGAGACACCCUGUAAAAAGUUGGUGUUGUCUUACACGCAGGUGCACAUUAAGUGAAUGACCCAUGCAUCUUAGGAUGCCAAAAGUUUGACCGACUGACCGAAUGACAGACAAAGCUGCUUAAGUGCAGUGAAAAAAUUGUAAUGCACAGUGCAGUCCAGUACAUGUAUAUUAUGUGAUUAAAUCGUUAAAUCACAAGUGCUUUAUGCUAAUGAUCUGGUGGAUUACAUCAGGUAUGCCAUAGCCCAGACCAUGUGAUAAAAGUUGAACUAUAUAUAUAUAUAUAUAUAUAAAUGUGAUAAUGUUAAAAUCAUCCGUAUUUCAAAGCUGAAGUUACCUGACUGUAUGUGUAGUGAAUCAAAUGAUUGAUAACAAUGUUUGCAUCUUUACAAACAUAUAUCUGACAGUCAUGUACAAUUUUGCUAUGACCACGCUGGGAUCUGCUUGUCCUGUAGAUGAAUUUUCAUUCCUAUUGCUCUUGGAAUUAAAAUAUCGAAAUUCAUGUAAAAUGUUUGUACAUUGUUUCUUGAAAUGUUGAUUGUACUAAAGCAUAUACGGUGUACAAAUAGCCACAUGUUUUUUGUUUUCACUAUGAUUCAAGGAUAGUACAGAGACACUGAAUUUUUGUACAACACAACUGAAUCCAUGCGGUUUUCUUCACCCUUGCCAUUUGUUAUCAAGGAGAUCACGUGGUCUCUAGCUUCUGAGAUCACGUGGUCUCUAGCUUCUGAGAUCACAUGGUCUCUAGCUUCUGAGAUCACGUGGUCUCUAGCUUCUGAUCCAUUUUACAGAAUUGCAUGUGUUUAAUUUUCAUGUAGCUUUUGUCAAAAUUUUCAGAAUCAGUUUUGGGCAUGGCAAAUGUAAAUUGUCCGGGCAUAUUAAAUACUCAGUCCCUUGUAUGUCCCAUUAUAUAUUCUUCUAUACCUGUUGUGGAUGUAUGAUUUGUGUAGUGUAGGUCUUGGGGUCAUUGGGUGGGCCAAGCCCUUGUUGGUAUAGAGGGAGCCUAGCUAUUAGGGCAGUACAGUGGGUCUAUUAUGGCUGUGGUGUGGGCCUAGCCCUUAGGUUUAGAGCAGAAUACUGGUUGUAAACUUUUGAACCCAUGCUCAGUAUGUUUUUUUUUAAAUAAACACUUCCAGAAGUUAGUGUGAUGUGCACUCUAUGUGUGCAGAGUUAUGGCGGUCGAAAAAAAAUUUUACUUUUCAUUUUUUUUUUAUUUAUUUUAAUGGUUCACAGAUUUUUGCAGAGCUCAAAAGUAGCACAGUAGUGUCCUCUUUCUUUUUAUUUGCAUUACAUUUAGGUGUAAUUGAGACUGUUGUAAUUAGUGUUUUGUAAUACUAAGGUUACUUCCCUUUUCAAGGAUUUACCUCCCUUGACAGUACAGCCAUCUGCCUUAUUUCAGGACUGAAGCAUAUAGGACUAUUGAAAAUGUAGCCGUUUGCUUAAUUGUCAGUUUUCCAAGGCACAGAAGCAAAUUGCAGUGAUUCCUUCAGAAAAAACGCAGGCAGAUUGGUCACUGUCAAUCUCUGUGGUUGCUCAAAUUCCAUCACACUGCGUAGUUAUACCGGUACUUCCAAACGUUAACAGAACUGACACCUACCACCAAGGGAGCUAAAUCCUUGAAAAGGGAAGCAACAUAUGUAUGACAAAAACAGAAAACACCUUGAAUUAACAUUCAUGACAUUUGUACAUUUUUGACUGAUAAUACUGAAGAUUUAUUGAGUUGGAUAAUGAUGUUCUGAGUGGGUGUAAAAGAUGUCCACAACAAUAUUUGUUGUUGUUGUUGGUUUUUUUUUUUGAUUUGUUGCAUUGCUGUGUUUUUGCUUUUUGUUUUUGAUAUUGAGCUUGUCCCAAUCUGGAUAUGUAAUUGUUACUUUUAUAAUUGUUUUUUAUGCAUAUGACUAUAUAAAGGGAUCAGAAAUGAAAUUGAUUUGGGUGUAUUACAUAGUACUUGUUUUCCAUAUUUCACCUAAAAUUUAGAAUUUUUCAAGCGACAAAUUACCCUUGAUUCUGAUUAAUUCAUCCCUAAUUAGGUGACUUAAGAGUAAUUUGUAAAGUUUGAUUACUUUUUUGUGAGAAAAACUUAAGUGUUGGUAUGAGAAGCAUCAGUAUAAGGCCUUUUGUGAUGUUCUAAAAGUUUGUGAAGUUUGAUUCAUUUCUUAUCCGAUAAAGCAGAAGUGUUUGUAUCAAAAAUAUCAUUUUUAAGGCCUUUGUCACCGUCUGUCACCUGCAUUUUUGCAGGCAAGAUAUAUGUACAGUAUGUCUGAACUUAUAGAUAGUAACUGUAAUGCACCAUCCACUGUACUAUAUCCCAACUGUAUCCCACCAUCCACUGUACUAUAUCCCAACUGUAUCCCACCCUCCACUGUACUAUAUCCCAACAUGAAAUGUAGGCUCACAUAUGCAUGUGUAAUAUCCCUACCUGGUGGAGAAUAGUUUACAGCCUCAUGUAUGAAAUGCAGAAUGUGACUUAGCUGUGUGUGGAGCGGCCUGUGCAUGGUUGUAGCUAUCUUCCAAGCUUUGUCCAGCUUCCUCCCACUAUAAUGCUGGUCGCCAUUGUAUAAGUGAAAUGUUCUUGAGUACGGCGUAAAACACCUGUCAAAUAAAUAAAGUAACCCGUCUGAAAUAUAGAAUGUUGUACUACUGGACACCCUAAUGUGUGCAGGAAAGGUCUUUGGGAACUUGUUAAAAGGCUUGUAGUGUCAAGGACAAAAUUGUUAAAUAAUUGUAAAUGAUUGUUAUGUGACACGCAUCGCAUGCACGGUAGGCUGCUGUUUGUAAGAGUGGAAUAUUCAUUAUUAUUGUUGUAUUAAAUAUGAACUGAUAUACAGGGUGUCUCACAAGUCCUGCACCAUCCUGAUUUUCCUCCUUAUUUUUCCCUGUUGCAUAUUUAAUAUUGAUUUAAAAUUUUUUUCCCCCUCUUUCAGAGUUAAUUAUGGCUAAUAAACUAACAGUACAAGAAAGAGUUGAAUUGGUUUUUAUGUUUGGAAGAGAUGGGGCCAUACACUGCUCUGUAGCCCAAUAUUCAAGCUCAACCUGAAUGGUGCGCGACUUCUGGAACACCCUGUAUAAUGCUAUUUCUGAGUCACCAGACAAGUGACUGUGUAAAAAACAAAAUCUGACUUCGGUCAAUCCCACAUCUUAUUAAAUGUAUCGAUCCUUCGGGAAAAAUACAAACUAAGAAUAUAUGGAAUUUUAUGUUUGUUCUUUAUGUUAAAAUUUGAUUGU